GAUCGGUCGGGCUUGUCAUUGCGUCGCGACGCGUUGUACCUUAACGUACACACAGACUCAAGUUAAUGAAGUUGUGCGGUCCAAAAAGAAUUUUAGAUUCAUUGCGCGUAGGUUUCUUGGAGUGCUUGGUUAAUAUUUAUUACAAAUUACAUGUCAAAUAUAUUGACUGAUGGUUCCGUAAACACUACAGUAAACAGCGUAUGUGUAUGCAUGUUUGCUCAUGUAACUAAAGAGAAAGCCAAUAAAUAAUUUUCUAAUUCGUCGCGUACUUUUGUACAAACCCGUCAAAGUGCCCGAUACGUGAGUGUGUGUGUAUGUGUUUUUGUAUGCAAAUGUAACUUAUGUAUGUAUGUCCGUUAUGAUUUAAUUCAGAAAGUGCAAUUAAGGCCACAGCACUUCAAUUUAUGUUACGAGUAUUCGCUGCAGGUGAACGUGUUCUGUGACAGAUCUAUUUAUAACAAAUAUUACUGGCUUUUUUUGGCCCCUGCAAGCGCCGCCUAUUAAUUAAACGGCUAUACGGCGGUUAUCGCACUUUGAGCUCAAGUGGCGCGUUUUAUUAAAACCAGAAAUAUGCACAAAGCCAUUAAAAAUAAAUCAAGGUUACUAUGCGGCCUCAAAAGCUCGAAGGCAGACUUAACGACAGCCAAAUUUAUAUUGUACUAUGGACCCAGCGUAGCUGAUAGCGAUAUCUAUGAUCUGCAUGACUCCAAAAAUUUGCUAGAAGAUGAGCACCUGGAUUUGAACAAGAAUACUGUAUUGUAUUUGCAUGGAUAUCUGGAGGAUCCCGAUGUGGAGAGCAUACAUGUGAUUGCGGAAGCUUAUCUAGAACGCAACGAUACGAAUCUAAUUGUUUUGGAUUGGGGCGAACUGGCCGAUGGCAAUUAUAUCUUUGAUGCGGUCGUCAAUGCCAAGCAAUUGGGACCGGAACUAGCGAAAGUUCUGCUGGACAUGUUCGAGCAUGGCCUGGACAUAGAGAAAUUUCAUAUUGUUGGACAUUCGUUGGGCGGCCAGAUGGCUGGAAUUAUAGGCCGUGAGAUUACUAGACGAUCCAAAGGUGUAUUGAAAAUUAAAAGAAUCACCGGCCUGGAUCCUGCCUUUCCCCUCUUCUACCUCACAGCUGGUCUGGCCGCACAUCUAAGCGCAAGUGAUGCAGAAUUCGUGGAUGUUAUUCACACAGAUGCUUGGUUAUAUGGUGCACCUAGCAGCACGGGCACCGUGGACUUUUGGCCAAACGGUGGCAAGACAUUGCAGCCUGGCUGUCCGAAGCGCAAUUAUAAAAUGCUCAGCGAUAAUGAUUUGUCUAGUCAUCGGCGCAGUUGGUGGUUCUGGGCGGAGAGCGUCUCGGACCGUUUUCCAAUUAAGUUCGAUGCGGUUGCAGCCAAAAGCUGGGAUGAUUUCAAACUAAACAAAAUUAUUGAAUCUGAGCAACCUGUUGUCAUGGGUCAUAAUUGUCCCACUAAUAUACAUGGCGAUUUUUACUUACAAACGAAUGGCUUGACGCCAUAUGCUCGUGGCAAGGAUGGCAUAAUCUAUGUGGAUCCCAAGGAGCUGUUGGGCAAUAACAAUACUUAUGAAGCUUCAGUACCUGCAAAGGUAGAGCAAUGAUAUGUUCUUAUGAUAUAUAAUUAAAAUAAAUAUGUUGCAAAAUUUUGUUAA